CACCGGUAGAUUAUAUUUUUAACAACCCAAACGUAAAACCGUUUCUCAGCUCGGGCACAAACUCGACAUAACUGAGCGGAAAUAAAAGCCUGUGGGCUUUGUGUGUUUCUCCAAACAAAAAAGAGCCCAUGCAGUCACGUGACCGCAGUCCGUAGUUCAAGAUGGAGACAGCGAUCUGGUGGCUCCACUGUUAGCUAGUUUACAAUCAUCACAAUAUGGCUAAUACGACGGACUACUGGACGCUUUAACGCGAAUAGCGAGAGGUAGAACUUAACCUGAGAUGCGCAUCUUUCCGAGAUGAAGUGAAGUUGUUUGUGAACAUACAAAACGAGAGGAAUAGUCAAGAUUUAAAGGUAACCAGAGGAGAAAACCGCCAAUGGUCAUCAUCACCAACUCAUUUUGAGUGAGAGAGGAGAUCGAUAUGGCGCUGAGAGAGUUAAAGGUUUGUCUCCUGGGGGACACUGGCGUUGGAAAGUCGAGUAUUGUUUGGAGAUUUGUGGAGGACAGCUUUGACCCAAACAUCAACCCAACGAUUGGGGCGUCCUUCAUGACCAAGACAGUGCAAUACCAAAACGAGCUGCACAAGUUCCUGAUCUGGGACACGGCAGGACAGGAGCGGUUUCGGGCUCUUGCACCAAUGUACUACAGAGGCUCAGCGGCAGCCAUCAUUGUUUAUGACAUCACGAAAGAGGAAUCCUUCCAAACACUAAAGAACUGGGUAAAGGAGCUGCGCCAGCAUGGUCCUCCUAAUAUAGUGGUCGCCAUCGCUGGCAACAAAUGUGACCUGUCAGACGCCAGGGAAGUGCCAGAGAAGGAUGCCAAGGACUACGCUGACUCCAUCCAUGCCAUCUUUGUAGAAACCAGUGCCAAGCAUGCCAUUAACAUCAACGAGGUGUUUAUAGAGAUAAGUAAGCGCAUCCCUGUUGUCGACGCAGCGGGAGGAACUUCAGGGAAAGCUUUCAAACUGGGACGUCAAGCCUCAGAGUCUCGCAGAACGUGCUGCUGAUGAUCCCAGCGACUACGUGACCUGACCUUUGCUUACCCUCUGUGUCCCCGGCCUGCUUCCGCUUUCAGCCACUGCACGCCCUCAAUACCCUGCCGACACUGAUCCUGGGAUGCAGAAGUGCGACUCUGAUGACAAGAGCAAAUGCAUUUUAGCGGCAAUCAACAACAAAAAAUCUUCCUAUGUCGUCUGAAAGUUGCUGGCUGGAGAAAAACUUCCCAUUUUCUGAGCAUUGCCUGCAUUGAAACAUGUGUAAGUGAUGAUGUGUAAGUGAAAAUACCCACAUACCUAUAAUUAUACUGGCUUCUAUUAUGGACAUCAACCUCUGUUUGGUGUAUUAUAGCCCCAGGUUUAUGAGAGGAACUUAACAGCUACAGAUUUAUGAAUUCAGAAAUCCUUUGUACUUGUACAUUUGUAAAAAUCUACUAUCUUUCAACCAAGACAUGAACUGAAAACGGUUAAAUUUCACCAAAUUAUUUUGAUAGCACUGAAGUUCAUGUUUUGCUUUAUGGGAGAUCUCUCCCCAAACAAUUUUGUGAAGGAUCUAUCGAUACAGUUAAUGUCUGUCAUCACUAAUUUAUCAUUGGUGACUUCACUAAUCUCAAUUUUGGCUUUUUGGAACAUUAUUGGGAGAGAUGUUCAGUCAAGGAAGAUGGAUCGUGCAUGCUAAAUAUCAGUUUUACUUUUCAAGGCAAAAUGCCAAGUGGGUGCUUUGAAGUAAAUUGCAAUCCCACUUUAAAAAAAUGCAGACAUGAAAGGUGUGUGGGAGUCUACUUCCUUUACAUUAAAGGAAUAGUUUGCCUGGGUUGAGAUGAGAAUAUCAACCCUAAUCUCGUGUACGGUAAAUAUGAAGCUGUAGCCAGCAGCCCGUUAGCUUAGCUUAGCAUAAAGACUGAAAACACAGGGCUCUGGCAAAGGUAACAAAAUCCGCCUAAAGCUCACUAAUUAACAUGUUAUAUCUGACAGAGUCAGGUGUUUACCCCUGUUUCCAGAAUGUAUGCUAAGCUAACCAGCUGCUAGCUGUUGCCAUAUAUACUGUAUUUAAUAGACAGAUAUGAGAUUGGUAUCUUUUAACUCUGCCAGAAAGCAAAUUGGCGUAUUCCCUAAAACAAAUUAUUCCUAUAAUUGUGAAUCACGCCAUUGAGAAUUUUAACAGAUUGUUGUAAAAUUUCAUCUUCGUGAUGGGAACAAUUCUGCAGUCCACAACUCCCAUUAAAUGUAUUGUUAUAUGAUAACAGUUCUUCCCACCUGUGCGCCACACUCCAACUUGUAAUUACUGGAAAGGUAUUAACUGAAGCCUAAGUAUGACGUUAACUGUACUACACACAGUGUCGUUCUUUCACAAUAUCACUUUAGCUCUGUUUCCCUCUAAUCUUACUUUAACUGGCGAGCCUGCUGUCCUCAAUCCUCGCUGCUCCUUCACAGUUUUACAGAUUUUUGUGAGGUCUUGCCAAUUUCUGUAAUUGUCCCAUAAACAUUUUUCAUCUUUUCUUUUUUUGCACACAAUCAGCAGCGACUCGCGCAUGCAAUGUUGUUUUACUACCUGGCCAGAGAUGAAAACAGUGAGAUCUGGAAACUCGACCUCGUUCAGAGGAAACUUGGAGGUUAUAGGUGCAGAAUGAGAUGUGGCUUUGUGUCGACAUGCUGACCCCUUAAUGAACUGUAGUCUCCAUUCUGCUCUGAAUUACUCUAUGUGCUUUGUUCCAAGGUCUGCCUUCUGAUUUUCCUUUCUCCCAACUUCUUUUGCCUCGUUCCUCUAAAUUGCAGGCACUUACUGUGGAUACAGCUUUCAUUUUGUUUCAAACAAAUGUGGGUCAAACUGCUUUCCCAGAGCUGUAUCAUCCUCUCUUUCAUUCACUACUACUCUGUGAUCCUUAGUGCUAUGUUACAGUAGUUUAAUUUACCUCCCAUACUGUCCUAAUUGAGCUUCAGUUGACUCAUGAGCCGCAGACUUAUUAAUUCUGUGUAAUUCCAUGCGUGUCUGUUUUUCUUGAGCCCUUUUAGCCCCAACAGCUCUUUUCAGUUGCCAAACAGAGAUGUGGGCUUAAUUAGACUGCAUUUCCAGGGUUAUAUAUUUGGAUUGUGUGCUCUUCUGUCAGCGAAAGCUACGUAAUUUGCCUUUAUUAUUGAUGAAUUGUGUGUGAAGCAGUGUUGCCUAUAUCUUCAGGAUUUUCUUAUGGAGUGCAAUAGUUGUUAUUAUGACAAAGGUAGAAAUGUGACCUAAACCAAGAAAACAGUUACAGAGGGAUAAUGUUCACACAGGAGAGCACACACUCAUGCAAAAAUGUGAUCUCAUUCCAGCAGUCUCAAACCGAUAAUAAUGACAGAUAUAUUUACCUCAUUUCACGCUGAUUUGAUGACAGUUUUGCUCAGACAGAGUUGAUCAAAUGAGCAGUGUGACGGGGCCGACAAAAUCCCUUCGAAACCAGAGUGGCAUUCUAGGUCAAAACUUAAACUAAAAGGGAAUCACUCUGGUACUUUGAAAACUGCACUUGGACUGACUGUUUGUAAUUGGUCUUCUGGUGUUAUCUGCGUGAAAUCACUUGAUGAAAGAUUCUUGUAACGAUGUCCGACUUCUUAACGCUCCUCGAUGUUUUUUGGGGGUUUUGACUGUUUGCUCAGUUCUUAUUGCUACAAAGAAAUGGUGCCAAAUAUUGUCAACGGCAUUUUACUACACCACAUAUAAUUAACCGUUUUUUUCCCUUUAUUUGUCAAUGUAAUAUAAUGAUUUAAAGUGCUUAACACAAUAAUGCUUAACAUGAUUUGAAGUGUGAUCAUGACUGAUCUUUUCCCCUUAUUCUGAAACAGGAGGCAUGGAUAGAAAUUGUGUGCCAGUUUUGCAUUGAAAAAUAUCAAUAGUCUUGGGCUGGCCCUGGGAAUGUGAUUAAUCUAUAUUAUGUAUAUUUUUCAGUGUAGAUAUAUACCAUCCAAUUGCACAUAAAUCAAUGACUAUAUUCUACUCUUAGCCAGUUAUGUGACCACAAUAGACUUGCACAGUUUGAAGUAAUUCUGUCAGCAUUGUAGUUACCAUAUAUAGCUUUUUACUAUGUUUCAUAUUGAUUGUAACAAAAUGCCUGAAAAAACUUGUUCGCCGUGUAUUCACAAAUGUGUAAAAAGGGAACUGUCAAUUUGUUUACUAAUAAAAGAUUGACAAAAAUA